CGUAAUGAAUACGCCACAGUAGAAUCUACCCUCAAAACUUCGUUACCCAUGAAGCAAUGCUAUCAGCCAGUGCGUUGCUGUGCGUCAAGUCCAACCACUGUGCCAAGCGAAGAAGAAAGGGGGAGACGUACAAGCUAGCUAAAACGAUAUGCUACCAAUGCAGUUAAAUUUGUAACGACUACAUUGGAAAAGAUAGGUCAACCCUGUGCCUGCUUGGCUCUAAAUCGUAACAACCUUUUCCCCUGCCCCGGCUAUAGCGCACAUAGAUAUGAGCGGCAGCGGGCGGCCCAGGACCAGCUCGUUUGCUGAGCCUCCAGGGGCUCCCGGAGCCGCUUCAGCCGCCGCCGGAUCGUCUGUUACCGGAGGGAGUUCUGCAGGAAAGUCUGGGGCUUCACAGGCCACAGGGAGCAGUUCGACUGGCUUCGGAAAUGUGAAACUAGCCCGAGACAGUGGCAAGGUGACGACUGUGGUGGCCACACCAGGCCAGGGUCCAGACCGCCCACAGGAGGUGUCCUACACAGACAUCAAGGUGAUCGGGAAUGGUUCCUUCGGCGUGGUGUACCAGGCCCGUCUCAUUGACAGCCAGGAGAUGGUGGCCAUCAAGAAGGUUCUGCAGGAUAAGAGGUUUAAGAACCGAGAACUACAGAUCAUGAGGAAAUUGGACCACUGCAACAUAGUCAGGCUACGUUACUUUUUCUACUCCAGUGGGGAGAAGAAAGAUGAGGUGUAUCUGAACCUAGUGCUGGACUUUGUUCCAGAGACAGUGUACAGGGUGGCCCGGCACUUCAACAAGGCCAAGACCACCAUCCCCAUUAUAUACGUCAAGGUGUACAUGUACCAGCUGUUCCGCAGUCUGGCCUAUAUCCAUUCCCAGGGCGUGUGUCACAGAGACAUCAAACCCCAGAACCUGCUGGUGGACCCCGAGACGGCCAUCCUCAAACUCUGUGACUUCGGCAGUGCUAAGCAGCUUGUUCGCGGGGAGCCCAACGUGUCCUAUAUCUGCUCGCGGUACUACCGUGCCCCUGAGCUCAUCUUUGGCGCCACGGACUACACAUCCAACAUUGACAUCUGGUCAGCGGGCUGCGUGCUGGCCGAACUGCUCCUGGGACAGCCCAUCUUCCCCGGGGACAGUGGAGUGGACCAACUGGUAGAGAUCAUCAAGGUUUUGGGGACUCCGACGAGAGAGCAGAUCCGAGAGAUGAACCCCAACUACACAGAGUUCAAAUUCCCCCAGAUCAAAGCACACCCCUGGACAAAGGUGUUUAAGCCACGUACCCCCCCAGAGGCCAUCUCCCUGUGUUCCCGUCUGUUAGAGUACACCCCUGUGACUAGGCUGUCCCCCCUGGAGGCCUGCGCCCACGCCUUCUUCGAAGAGCUGCGCCAGCCUACUGCCCAUCUGCCCAGCGGACGAGAACUGCCCCUCCUCUUCAACUUCAGCCCCGUCGAGCUAUCUAUCCAGCCCCAGUUGAACUCCACACUCAUUCCUCCUCAUGCUCGCGCACAGACAUCACCUGCCUCACAUGAUGGCAGUGUGUCGGACAGUACCGCCCAGCCCAGCUCAGUACCUGGAUCCAUCAACAGCACCUGAACCCCCCCAUUCACCCUGUCUUUCCCCUUUUCCUCUCAACCCCAUCCCUCUCUUCCUACUCUUCCACCCCCUUUUGGCUCCAAACUUCAAAAACUAUACACGCACACAUACAACAAAAAUACUACAGAAUCAUCUAUUAUCCAUUGAAUAUUCCCAUUAUAGGUGUAAAAAUAUAUCUGUUGGUGGCAGUAGUCCAGUGACUGUUGGGUUGUAGAAGAUAGGUGAAUCCGACGGAAACUAUUCUGUAUUAUAAUCUCUGCUAAUCAAAUUUUAUCCCUUAUAAAAACUGUUUUAUUUAUUUGAAAGUCCAUUUUUGUUUUAAUGAUGUAUGGCAGUGAAUGGGAUGCGUCGAAACCGAGGCCUGUUUCAGUUCAGACAGUUUAGGACAAUCUUCCGUUGUAGAGGUUAAAAACCAAAUGGUCACGUGGGCAGAUCUACCAAGACAUUACUCCUAAACCGAGUCCAAAGUGUUAAUUAGUUCUGAAAAUUGAAGAACUGUGUUAUUUUGUUUUAUUAAAUUGGAUACCAAACAGCAGCAAAUUCAACUGGCAUUUUAAAUUGGAUGAGGUGAUUUUUAGAAGCUUUUAUCACACAGGUGGUUUAAAAAUUCAAAGGCGGGAACCGCAAGCUGUUUUAUUAAACUGUUUCUGAGAAGAAACAUUGAGGUGAAAGUCUUAAUGUCUUUUAUUUGAAUAAGAGGGACCUUUUUUAAAAGAAUGGAAUGUACAUAUUCAGUUUCUAUAAGCUCUUGUCCCAGUCAGUUUAGCUGGAGACAUGUGUAGGUGAGAAGUAACCUUUGCACAUCUCUAAAGGGGAGUAGAGCGGAGCUGUAGGGGCCCGCUGCAUCUCUUGUGCAGUGGAGAUAUGCAACCUGUGUAUAGGAAGGGGUAGGGCUCCUCCAGUCACACCUGUACACCAAUGGCCAUAUAGCCGUACUUGAACCAAAGCUCUGUCACAUCAGCUUUGAAAGUACUUGGCACUUUCACUCCUCCUUAUCUCUAAUUUUUCCUCAAUUCAGUCUAGAUGCACAAUUACACUGCAUGUAGGGGAGGUCUUAAGUGCUUGUGUGUGUGUGUGUGUGUGUGUGUGUGAAUGAGGUUUUUUGUGUGUUUGACUUUCCCUGGCCAUCUUCCAUCUCCAAAUCAACCCACUCUAGCACUCUUGUUUUUGUAAGUCUAGAUUCUAACAGCAUCAGUGAUGUAUCAUCAGUAAAACCUUGUUUUCAUCUGGCCCACCAACACAGACUUGCAUGUUCACCAUGCGUUAGAGCAACCACACCUGUUCUCCCUCCCCACUCAUCACCGCACAACAACGAUGGUUUGAUCAAAAAUACCUGCACCCAAAAAAUGUAAAUGCCCUAACCACUUCUGGAGCCUUCUGUUCCUCUCCUCCUUCCUCUGCCUCUCCUUCCUCUGCCUCUCCUUCCCUCUCUUUCUCUCACUGUAAAUAUCAAGUACUUUUUUUUGUUAUUAUAUUGUUGUAAUUUCAUUUUAUUUUCUCUAGCAGAGGAGAGCUGGUGUAGCAGCGACCAGGCUCCUUCUCCUCAGUCUGUCUGUAAAUACAACUUCAUUUCAGUCCCUGGCUCGGGGGGAUAACAGAACAAAAUGUUUCUCGUUUUUAUUCUCUCCCUCCAUUUCUCUCUCGUUGCCUUUCCCACAAAUAUUAUGAUCACUUUAUUUAUUGUAUUUUUGGGGGGUUUCUUUUUUGUUUCUCUGGGGGGGGGGGGGGGGGUUGUUGUCGGCUGAAGGGUUUAUUUUGUAAGAAGUCAUCAAUGCCCCGUGUCAUGCAAAAUAAUCGAACUUCCAAGAUACUGUACUUUGAUCUGAACUUGAGUGUUUUCCAAUAAAGGUCCUGUAUUUGCAAGUACACAUCCUAGCCAGUAGGUGGAACUAUAUUUUAUUUUCUUUGCUGUGAAGGGAUUCUCACAUGACUCUGCGUCUAUGGUAGUCUCGCUGAUGUCCCGACAGUAUAAAUGGCUGAUCCUAUGUAGGGUUAUUGGUGAUAUUGCUGUAUCUGGGUGGGUUUGAAUGAGGGGAUGAGUGGGGAGGGUGGUGUGAUGUGUCCCACAAGUGUUUUGUGUAAUGGGUUUAACCUGUUACUUCUGUCUGUGAUUACAUAAAUGAGUGAUUGACUUUAAAGAAUGGAUGAACGAACUGACAUCUUACAAAAGUGUGAGUUGGGAGAGCGUGGAUACAUUUUUUUUUAAAUCUUAUGUUUUCCUAAAAUGAAGAGCUGAGUUAUUUUUGUGUUUUAUUUUCCUGGCACGAGAUGGUUUUAAUUUGUGAUCCUGAUCUUUAUGGCCCUGCACAAGGGUCAUACCACAUCACUGGUGGGAACGGAACGGUUUUGAAGUGGAUGUGGGAGAGGGACGGACUGGGAGAGACUUUUGUUUGUUGAUAUAAAUAAUUCAACUCAUGAUUAAAGUGAUGAAACUGC